ACGAGGCGGUGACAAUGGGAGCGGCGCGGGCGGCGCCGGGAGGCAGCUGACAGGCGUCUGCGGCUUUCCUUCAUGGCCGCUUUCCCGCCCCGCCUGGGCUGUGUGGGGAGCGGGGCGGCCCGCGGCAGCCGGGAGCCGGAGCGGGCGAGCCGAGCGGAGACCUGUGCGCGGCGCCGCUGAGGCGCAGCAUGUGAAGGAGAGACGGCAUCCAGUGCGAGGCGAGCCUCUCAGCCGGCCGGGAUGGCCACGACGGCCGAGCUCUUCGAGGAGCCUUUUGUGGCAGAUGAGUAUAUUGAACGUCUUGUAUGGAGAACCCCAGGAGGAGGCUCUAGAGGGGGACCUGAAGCUUUUGAUCCUAAAAGAUUAUUAGAAGAAUUUGUAAAUCAUAUUCAAGAACUCCAGAUAAUGGAUGAAAGGAUUCAAAGGAAAGUAGAGAAACUAGAGCAACAGUGUCAGAAAGAAGCUAAGGAAUUUGCCAAGAAGGUACAAGAGCUCCAGAAAAGCAAUCAGGUUGCCUUCCAACAUUUCCAAGAACUAGAUGAGCACAUCAGCUAUGUAGCAACCAAGGUCUGUCACCUUGGAGACCAGUUGGAGGGGGUAAACACACCCAGACAACGGGCAGUAGAGGCUCAGAAAUUGAUGAAAUACUUUAAUGAGUUUCUAGAUGGAGAAUUGAAAUCUGAUGUUUUUACAAAUUCUGAAAAGAUAAAGGAGGCAGCAGACAUCAUUCAGAAGUUGCACCUAAUUGCCCAGGAGUUACCUUUUGAUAGAUUUUCCGAAGUUAAAUCCAAAAUUGCAAGUAAAUACCAUGAUUUAGAAUGCCAACUGAUUCAGGAGUUUACCAGUGCUCAAAGAAGAGGUGAAAUCACCAGAAUGAGAGAAGUAGCAGCUGUUUUACUCCAUUUUAAGGGUUAUUCCCAUUGUGUUGAUGUUUAUAUAAAGCAGUGCCAGGAGGGUGCUUACUUGAGAAAUGAUAUAUUUGAAGAUGCAACAAUACUCUGUCAACGGGUGAACAAACAAGUUGGAGAUAUCUUUAGUAAUCCAGAAACAGUACUGGCUAAACUUAUUCAAAAUGUAUUUGAAAUCAAACUACAGAGCUUUGUGAAAGACCAGUUAGAAGAAUGUAGGAAAUCCGAUGCAGAGCAGUAUCUCAAAAGUCUCUACGAUUUAUAUACAAGAACCACAAAUCUUUCCAGCAAGUUGAUGGAGUUUAACUUAGGUACUGAUAAACAGACUUUCUUGUCUAAGCUUAUCAAGUCCAUUUUCAUUUCCUAUUUGGAGAACUAUAUUGAAGUGGAGACUGGAUAUUUGAAAAGCAGAAGUGCUAUGAUCCUACAGCGCUAUUAUGAUUCAAAAAACCAUCAAAAGAGAGCCAUUGGCACAGGAGGUAUUCAAGAUUUGAAAGAGAGAAUUAGACAGCGUACCAACUUACCACUGGGGCCAAGUAUCGAUACUCAUGGAGAGACUUUCCUAUCCCAAGAAGUGGUGGUUAAUCUUUUACAAGAAACCAAGCAAGCCUUUGAAAGAUGUCAUAGGCUCUCUGAUCCUUCUGAUUUACCAAGGAAUGCCUUUAGAAUUUUUACCAUUCUUGUGGAAUUUUUAUGUAUUGAACAUAUUGAUUAUGCCUUGGAAACAGGACUUGCUGGAAUUCCUUCUUCGGAUUCUAGGAAUGCAAAUCUCUAUUUUUUGGAUGUUGUGCACCAGGCCAAUACUGUUUUUCAUCUUUUUGACAAGCAGUUUAAUGAUCACCUUAUGCCACUAAUAAGCUCUUCUCCUAAGUUAUCUGAAUGCCUUCAGAAGAAAAAAGAAAUAAUUGAACAGAUGGAGAUGAAAUUAGAUACUGGCAUUGACAGGACAUUAAAUUGUAUGAUUGGACAAAUGAAGCAUAUCUUGGCUGCAGAACAAAAGAAAACAGAUUUUAAGCCAGAAGAUGAAAACAAUGUUUUGAUUCAGUAUACUAAUGCCUGUGUUAAAGUCUGUGCUUAUGUAAGAAAACAAGUGGAGAAGAUUAAAAAUUCCAUGGAUGGGAAAAAUGUGGAUACAGUUUUGAUGGAACUUGGAGUACGUUUUCAUCGACUUAUUUAUGAGCAUCUUCAACAAUAUUCCUAUAGUUGUAUGGGUGGCAUGUUAGCAAUUUGUGAUGUUGCUGAAUAUAGGAAGUGUGCCAAAGACUUCAAGAUUCCUCUGGUAUUACAGCUUUUUGAUACUCUGCAUGCACUUUGCAAUCUUCUGGUAGUAAACCCAGAUAAUUUAAAGCAAGUCUGCUCAGGAGAACAACUUGCUAAUCUGGACAAGAACAUUCUUCACUCCUUCGUACAACUUCGUGCUGACUAUAGAUCUGCCCGCCUUGCUCGACAUUUCAGCUGAGGUUGAAUUUACAAGGGCAGUGUGUUGUACUUCAGCAGGCCUUGGUUGAUAGAAAGCACAGGCGGUUUCUUAUGAUACAGCCAACAUUUUAUUGAAAAAUGAUGACUGUUCAGAAAAACAGCAGCCAUACUUACCCUUGAGAUUUUUUUGAAAUUUGGACACUACUAAGCAUAUUUUGCUCUUUUCCCUUAAGUUGAAUUUUAAUUCCGUUUUUGAACUUAUAAAUUUCAAACUCUGUAAAGCUAUAUGUCAUUGUUUUCAUCCUGGAAAAUGUUGGUGUCAGAAGGCAAAUGAGAUGUUACCAGUGUUCUGGUUCAUGUUCUUUAACAUAGUCCAUUGGGAAAUUUCACCAUCCUAUUUUGCACUAAAGAUGGGUAAAAUCCAGCAAAACUACAUUAUUAUUUAUCAAUUUUCAGCACUGGUAACUGUGAAUCAGGUUAUUUUAGGUUUUUCUAGAGAACUUUUUGCUUCUUUCAGAAGGUUAAUUAACAAUUGGGCAUAAUUUUUGUAGUUGGUUGGAUUUUUCUGAGGUACAACAAUAACACUAUUCCAAGAAAAAAGUUAUAAACAAAACUAAAAUGAUGAAAUGUUUUAUGUAGGUAUUAGCAGUGGAUCAGAAUACAUCUGCUUUCUGGGUAAAAAAAAAAAACUUAAAAGUUUACAAUUUCUUAUUUGGUAAACAGAUUUUUAAGCCAAUGCUAGCAAGAAAUUAAUAAAAUUAUUUUAUAUUUUGCUUAAGAUAAGGUGGAGGCUCUUAACUAAAGGACCAUAUUUAUUCAUUAUUUUAAUAUUAUAAGGGAAGUAAAAAAAUGAGGUAUAGUCUAAAUGGUGCAUAUGAGAAGUAUUGACAGUGUUUAGCAACAAUACAGUCCUUUAAGAUUUCUACCUUUAUGCAAAACUGGAAUAAGAUGGAAUGGCUAAACAUGCAGGUAGUCUUCUAUUUUAAGAGGAAUUGGGAAUUGAUAGUUAGCAUUAUAUUCUAAGUCUCGAGAUAAACUUUGCAAGGACUAGUUGCUUUUUAAAUCUAUAGUUUCUGUCAUUACCUUUUUCAAGGCAUUUCUGAAGCAAUUCCUACUGAAUGUAGUUAAUUGAAUUGGCUUAAUAUGGUGGCAUAAUAAAUCACUUAUAAAAUUUUAAACAUCAAGCAGAAAUUUAGAAAGAUCUUUACUCUAAAAACUAUAAACUUGCUCUGUGAGAAUGCAUUCUUAGCUAUAUGUAGUGUUUCAGCUUUCAUUGUGUUUUUCAUAGUCUUCAGGAACAGAUAAACUUUAAUGUUCAACUCAUUCUUGACUUUUCUUUUUCUUUUAAUGUAGGCUUUUUGGCCUAAUUUUGGAAAACUAAUUUUAAGAAUAUGUUUCUGAAUGUUCAUCAACUUUACCAAAACUUCCAGGUCCAGAGCGAGCUAGCUACUGUUUAAGUUACUAUUGACUGAAUUUUCUUCAUUUUCUGUUUAGCCCAGUGUCAUCACGGUAAGCAAGAGAAAUGAAGUAUGCCAACUUUUAUCAAAGCAUUUUAGGAAAUUGUGGCAGCUUUAGAAGGCUGUCUAGUUUUCUAUUCCUUAGCCAAAGGAAAGCCAGAACAGGUUUUGGAUACUAGAGAAAGUCAUAUGCUUGUACUAUUGCCAUUUUAGAAAGCUCUGAUGUGAAUUCAAAUUAUACCUCUGUUACGUAAAGCCAACAAUUUUAAAGCAGUAGUUUUACUGGCCACUUGAACUCUUUGUACACAGUGUCAAUUUGUAAAAAAAUAAAAAAGGGAAAAAAAUAUCAAAUAAAACAUGAGAGAACACUUUAAGACUUCCAAAUCAGAAAAGUGCUUCAAAUUAUUUUGUUUGGAUUAAUUUUUUAAAUGUAAAACAUAUAUUUGUUGCUUAGAUAUUUUGUUAAUUAUUAUUUCCAUGUUUGAAUUCUGUGCAAUAUUUUCCAUUAUGUCCAUUGACAGGACAGUAACAAAGAAAACUCAUAAGUGACUACCUAAUUUAGAAGUGUUAACAUU